UCUAAGUUCACUCAUUUUGAUAAGCCAGUUCUCCUAGUUCCAUACCAAGCACUGUUACUCUUCUAUCUUAAAAUUCCUCGACCUCAUCAAGAUGGUAGAAGAGAAUCUUGGCAGACCGUUUGAUGCUUGUUUUAUAAAGGACAUCAGUUUAAAUGAACCAGCCGUAAAUGCCAGAGUUAGAGAUAUCGUGCAAAGGGCGAAUAAUAUUACUCGAUGCAACCGUGUAGCAUGGCUGAUCAAAGCAGUAACAUGCAUAGAUCUGACGACACUGGGUGGCGAUGACACUUUUGCAAAUGUUGAAAGACUCACUAAGAAGGCUGUGAAGCCUAUCGUUUUACCAUUUGAAUGGGAAGGCUCUCUGUCUACUGCAGCAGUUUGUGUAUAUCCUGCACGUGUCGCCGAUGUUGUACAAACAUUAAAGAACCUUGAUGCCUUGGGAAAAGUGAACGUGGCUAGCGUUGCUACCGGAUUCCCAAGCGGUCAAUAUCUAUUGCAAACUCGGCUGGAUGAAAUCUCGCUUGCAGUUUCAAGUGGAGCUACAGAAAUAGAUAUUGUGAUAAAUCGUACGCUAGCAUUGACCCAUCAGUGGGAAAAAUUGUACGAUGAGAUUAAAUUGAUGAAGCAAGCCUGUGGAACAGCGAAAAUGAAGACUAUUUUAGCGACUGGUGAACUUUUUGACCUCAAAGAUGUGUACAGAGCAUCUAUAAUCGCAGCAAUGGCUGGAUCAGAUUUUAUAAAAACUUCAACUGGAAAAGAAACGGUGAAUGCUACUUUGCCUGUCGGGAUUGUCAUGUGCAGAGCUAUUAGGGACUACCAUCAAUCGACUGGUUACAAGGUUGGAUUUAAGCCAGCUGGAGGCAUAAAAACUUGGGGAGAAGCCCUUCAGUGGCUGGUAUUGAUCAAGGAAGAACUAGGCAAUGAGUGGCUGAAUAACAGUCUAUUCAGAAUUGGUGCUUCAAGUGUGCUAGGUGACAUCUCUAGCGAAAUUAAACGGUCUUUGGAAGAACUGAAAAAGACCUCUGAUAAUUCAGAGUAA